GAUGAUCUUUCAGAUGUCUUUAAAACGUCUUUCACAAAUUUAUAUUAUCUCAGAAGUAUUUAAUCCUUUGAAAAUAGAACACUUCGGAGUUAAGCUAUCGCUGAGAACUGAACACUGUCGGACUGUCGCGAGUUAAUUGGUGAAAGAAGGAACUUCCUGAAAAAUCACAAUAAUAAUGGACCGAGAUAAAGGAAAUUUCGUUUACUACCGUCGCGAAAAUAUACACUGAAAAAAAUCGCUACGUUCGAGUAAAUAUUUUCUAAGGAAUAUUGGAGUAGUUUAUUUUAUUCAGAUUAGAUAAAUGUUACUUGAACGUAGCAUACUGGAAGAAAAAAAUUCUCGUACGUAUAUACGGAAAUAAUCCAUACAGUACAAAUGUUCAAAAAACGUCCCAGGAAUAUUCGAAUAUUCUGGACGUCUCUAGGAUGAAUGAACAUCUGUAUGGGAAACGUUUGGUUGGAUUAAUCUGACAUGAACGAACAAGCCUUUCGGAAUUUCUGUUUUUUAAGAAGCGGAGUCCUCGUGACCAGAAAUUCUGUUUUCUUCCGAACAAAACCGUGUCUGGUUCGUUGUCGGAUAGCAAAUUCAACCCAGCAGACAUCUCUCUUUCCGUCCGCGAUAUUUCGAAGGUUCAACACAAUUUGACAUGUGACUUGAAUGGCGAUCUAACGUCAAUUGAAAAUUUUUAUCAGUCAUUGUUUCCGCUUGCGUCUAUCUAGUCGUAUAAUGAUGAAUUGUUCUAACGCCGGGCUAUUGUAUUCAUCGGCGCUGCUGUUGUGCAAACAUAUUGUGUUGUGUAUUGCAUGCGUGUUCAGAGUUCUGAAUUAUUGCCCGUUUCGCAACUUGUGAUCUCGUUCUUGUAAUCGUUCUUUUUUUUUCUCCUCUGCUUAAACAAGAUACAGUUCUCGGAUCAAGUCGAUUUCCCUGUUCCAUGCGUAUUUCUCGCAUCGACGACGAUACAUCGGGCGCGUUCUGCUACGCACGCUUCUCGCAACGAUGUCACGCUCACGUAACGCUCGCGGGUAUUCGUUCUACUAACGUGUUGUUACAGCUGGUAAAUUGCAAUUCUCGAGAAUCGUGAAUUUGUUCAUCUCAUCAUAUUAUUAUUUAAGAAAUGCAAAUUGUCUCUAUGAAGUAGGAAGUAGUCAUCGAUCGGUGAUUCUGAACUCAACCUCUGACUAAGAAGAAUAAAAAGAAGGGACAAGAAAAAUAGAAACGUGUCUUACGAGAAUACAAGAUCGUAUACAAAUUGAUCGUAUACGGGAAAAAACCUGGUUGCAUCAAUUGGAAAAAAAGAACUAAAUGUAUUCUGAUCGAAGGAAACGGAAUUUCCGGUUUUUGCAAUCAGAAAUUCUGUUUUCUCCAACCAAAACGCAUCCGGUCGUUCCUUUUCUGAUUAAUAUAAAACCGGACCUUUUUUCUGUGCAGUUUCCCGUUGUAUACUAUGAAUUGGACAGCCUUUUUUAGAUUAGAUAUUAACUUUGUCUUCGAGUUUACUCAAAUUGUAAAAAGUCCGGAUAAAAUUCACCAAACGCUCCCGCCAAUCCACUUCCUCGGUGCAAGUGUUAUAAAUGUUACAAAAGUUACAAAACGUUACAAAACUAUAAUCUACUAUAAAUAACUAACUAAUAAUAAUUAUAAACGUUAUAAAAGUAGCCUCGUAUAGAAUUAGCCACGAGGCUAAUUACAAUAAUAUAAUCGGUAAACGCCUGGGCGUUUAGUGGGACGGCUGGCAAUAUGGAUCGUUGCGAGCAAACGUGGAACACAUUCUUGGUUGUUACCUGAUAUUCGUCAAAACUGUGCGUUGCAGGUGAAGAACUCUCUUGUGGGAAACGAUGGAGCAGACAAGCAAACCCGACGAGAUAACGGACAGGAUAGUGGAGACUUUCGUCGGACGCAAGAUCAUGAUAACGGGUGGCACGGGUUUCUUAGGGAAGGUCCUCAUAGAAAAGUUGCUGCGAUCCUUGCCUGACAUAGCGCAUAUCUACCUGCUCGUGAGGCCAAAAAAGGGGAAGAAUGCUAAACAGCGACUGGAAGAAAUAUUCAAUUCCCCGCUUUUCGAGAAAGUCAAGGCUCAAAGAGGACUGGCGGCACUUAAGGAGGCAGUAACGGUCGUCAACGGAGAUAUGAUGCUACCAGAACUCGGGAUAUCUCCGGAGGACAGAAUGAUGCUGUGCGAGAACGUCAACAUCGUGUAUCACGCGGCGGCUACGGUCAGAUUUGACGAGAUGCUGAAAAAAGCCGUGCUUAUGAAUACACGCGGCACGAAACUGAUGGUAGAGCUGGCCAAGGAGAUGAAACAUUUAGUUCUGUUCGCUUACAUCAGCACGGCCUAUUGCCAUCUCGAUGAAAAAAUUUUGGGCCAGCGCACGUAUCCUCCGCCCACCGAUCCCCACAACGUGAUCAAGUGCGUGGAGUGGAUGGAUGACGACUUGGUCGAAGCCAUGACAGACAAGAUCCUGGGAUCGUAUCCCAAUACGUACGCCUUCACGAAAGCCUUAGCGGAAGGUCUCAUUGAAGAAUCCUUUCCGCACAUCCCGUCGAUAAUUUUAAGGCCAAGCAUCAUUAUUCCCGUGUGGAAGGAACCGGUGCCCGGUUGGACGGACAACAUCAACGGGCCUACCGGUCUGUUAAUCGGCGCCGGGAAAGGAGUAAUCAGGACGAUGUAUUGCGAUCAAAACACAUACGCCGAUUACCUGCCAGUCGACAUCGCCAUUAACGCUAUUCUCGUAGCAACAUGGAAUUAUCUUUAUUUCAAGGAUCAUGAGAAACGAGUCUAUAAUCUCACGAGCAGUAGCGAAUUCCAAAUUUCUUGGGCGGAGAUAAUAGAACGAGGUCGAAAAAUCACCCAGCGAGUGCCGCUGAACGGAGUCGUCUGGUAUCCGGGCGGUAGUAUGAAGAAAUCGCGACUCCUGCAUAACAUUUGCAUUUUGCUAUUUCACCUGAUACCUGCUUAUUUCAUUGACACUAUUAUUUUUCUAGCCGGCUACAAGCCUAUCAUGUGCCGUGUGCAUCGCCGUAUACUAAAGGGAUUUGAGGUUUUCGAAUACUAUGCAAACAAUCAGUGGGACUUCGACAAUUCGUAUGUCAUCGAUCUGAGACAAAAGCUGAACAGUCUGGAAUUCGAGAAGUAUCAAUUGCACGGCGACGACAUGGAUAUAGACGCGUACUUCGAGACUUGCAUUCGAUCCGCCAGGAUUUUCAUUUUAAACGAGCCUCCGGAAACACUGCCGGCUGCUCGUCGACAUUUGAGAAUCAUGUACUGGGUGGACGUGAUCGUGAAAACCUUGUUUUUCCUGUUUCUGUUUUACAUGCUGGCGAAUUGCAGCGAUUUCACCAGAACGAUAGUCGCCGACAGUGCGACAUACGUUGUAAAAAAGUUUCAACAAUUCCUCUCACUUGAAUCCUCUGCCGCGGUACAAUUUCUUUAACACUAAAACUACCGACGAUCAACGUGCACAGACCUUUCCACCGAAGCGGUUUGAAUAUUUUUGGAAAAAAAAUAUUUAUUCGUUUACACAUUGUGACAAAAAUUACGCAGGUUAAUCUAGGAGAAUGCGCCAUUAGAAAUUGGAGCAACUUUUAUAAGAAAAAAAAAAAAAAAUUGCGAAUCGGUCAUUUUUUCGGUAGUUUUAGUGUUAAUAUAUCGUUAGACCAAGAUUCUUUUUUUGUUUUUACUGACGAUCAUAGAGAUCGUUCAAGUGAAUUAAAUUAUCAAUGGUUCUACCACUUAAUUA